AAAGUUUGGUUAGUUACUUCGUUUCGUGCGCAAGUUCUGCUUUGGAAUUGAUUCCAGUGAAGCCGCACGGGAACCAGUUCUGAAGGAUGCUUUGGACAAUAUUGUUGGCGUGGGUGUUGGUCAUUCCUGUUUGCCAUGCACAAAGUCGAAGCUUUAUUGGCACAAAAACAAAUGAGAGUGACCCUGAUUCUGCCUUGGUGAUUGAUAAGUACGCUGCAUCUGUUCUGACCAGUGGAUUGACAACAAUCUUUUUGCCAAUGGUCUACAUUAUUGUAUUCAUCAUCGGUUUGCCUGCGAAUGCCAUGGCACUGUGGGUCUUUGCCUGUCGAACCAAGAUUAAACACCCAGCAGCUAUUUACAUGGCUAACUUGGCGUUGGCAGAUCUCCUGUUUAUUAUCUUGUUCCCUUUGAAAAUUGCAUACCAUUUGAAUGGCAACAAUUGGAUUUUUGGAGAAGGAAUGUGCAAAGUGCUAGUUGUUUUUUUCUAUGGAAACAUGUACUGUUCCAUUUUAUUCAUUACCUGCCUCAGUGUUCAAAGGUACUGGGUGGUUGUAAAACCAAUUUCUCAGGCAAGGAGGAAGACUGACAUAGCUUAUGGUGUAUCAAUUUUCAUUUGGAUAUUGAUUGUAUUGGGCACAAUACCAUUAUACUUAAAUAAUCAGCAAACAGCAAAGAUUGCUGACCUUAACAUUGUAACCUGUCAUGAUGUCCUACCAGAAGCAAAGUUGGCUUCUAGCAUGUUUGACUACUUUCUGUCUUUGGCUAUUGGGAUAUUUUUCUUUCCAGCAUUAUUGACCUUGACUGCAUAUGUAUUGAUGAUCAAAACAUUGAAAGCUUCAUCUGGUGAAGAUGGCAUUGGGAAAAGUCGCAAGAGAGCAAUUAGUUUGAUUAUCACUGUUCUGGUGAUGUAUUUAGUUUGCUUCACACCUAGCAAUGUUAUUCUUGUUGUCCACUAUUAUAUGAUAAGAUAUAAUCAGAAUGGCAGUGUGUAUGCUCUUUACAUUAUAAGCCUUUGUCUAUCUAGCAUAAAUAGUUGCAUUGAUCCCUUUGUUUAUUACUUUGUUUCCAAAGACUUUAGAGAUCAUGUUCAAAAUACACUGCGGUGUCGUAGUGUCAGAACUGUUAGAAGUGUCCAGGCUUCCAUUACUUCCCUGAAAUAUUCCAAAAGAUCGACUUCCUAUACUUCUGCCAGUAAAGUUACUACCACAACAAGCAACUGUUAAACAUUAAUGUGGAGGUAUAGCUUUGAUUCCAUUUUACAUGCUAUACUUAAAACCCAUCAAGUUUUGUUUUAGCACCUAGAUUUUAAAUCAACUGAGUAUUAAUCCAAUUUGGAAGUAAUUAACUGAAAUGGUGCCAGAAAUUUCAUUCAAUCAUUAUUCAAUGGCUUUGCAUGAAAUAGCUGCUAUAACUUCAAGCUAAGUUUUGUCCAAAUACAAUUUCAAUAUAAAUAGCAAGAUGUAUUGAAUUUGUAUAUGUAACUUUGUCUAUAAACCACACAACUGUUACAGACUUGACGUUUGUUUAUAUUUUGGGAAUUGUCAAUCCCCCUGUAUCCAUUGUUUUUAUUUCAAUUUAUGUAUAUGGUGUAUAUAUUUUAAGAAUGGUGUGACAUAUUUAAAUGUUUCAAGAAUAGUCCUGUAUUUUUCAUAUUUUGUUGGACUGGAACACCAACACUUAGUUUUUGCUAUUAUUUUAAAGCUUGUACAUAAACUGGCUUUUUAUACUGAUUUAUUUUUUAAGUCACUUUUUAAUAUUAACUGACUUGGCAUCUGUGAAAUGACCCUCCAUACAUCCUGCCUGAAGAAAAGUAGCUGUGAAAAUAGAGUAAAAGAAUGAAUUAUUUGAAGCUAGUCUUAAGAAUAUUAAGAAAACUGUAAAAGCUGUUCAGAUCUUUGAAGCAUUAGCAUUAAAUAAAUUGAAAAGCUA